AUGAUUGAUCCAAUGUCUGAUCUAAGCACUUUAGCAGACAGAUCCCUACUUCCACCACCAAUGAAGAGGUCAAUUGGUAGACCAAAUAAGUCAAGGAGGAGAGAACAAGAUGAGGCACGUAAAGAAGACAUUAGGAAGAGGUCUAGCACUUUGAGAUGUAGCAAAUGUAAAUCAUUUGAUCACAAUAGGAGGACAUGCAAAGGAGGUCCAGUUGCUGAGAAAAGGAAAUCUACUUCUAAGAAUAAGGGGUCCUCUCAACAGAGGACACCUAAGAAGGGAACCAGCUCUUCUCAGCCCAGCUCCACUCAGCAAAGAUCCCCUCGGAUGAGGAAAUCAAGGUGUGAUACACCGGAUGAUAUAUCAUCAUCUCAAAAGGCGGCUAGAUCCUCACAAUCAUGUACAACUGCACAAGAUGUGAUUCAGCAAAGAAUGGCAACUAAGGCUAUGAUAGAGAAGGCAAGGAGAGCCAAUAAAGCUACCAAAUGA